UUACUGCCGGCAACGCCAGUUGCUGGAGGAUUCGCCUGCUGGCUGCAGAACUUACCGGCCGGCUGGCAGUGACACUUCUGCAGUUGCGCUAGCGCUACCUCACUUCGUGUGCAGGCGUGAAGACACGGACAGACCAUGUUGCUGCAGUUGUUGGCCGCCCUGGUGCUGGCGUGUGCCACCUUGCUUCUGUACGCGUACUUCUCCUACACUUACUGGACUCGACGCGGCAUCCCGCAGCUUCCGAAUGCACGGUUCCCCUUGGGCCACGUGUGGAGGGCCAUAACGUUCCAACGUUCUUUCGGCCAGGUCUGCUGCGACCUCUACUCGGGAGUGCCAACUUCGAAGCCUCUAGCCGGAGCCUACUUCUUCACGAAACCCGCCGCCGUCGUGAGGGACCCGGAUCUUAUCAAGAAAAUGCUCGUCAAGGACUUCCAGCACUUCCACGACCGUGGCCUCUACAUUAACGAGGACGUCGACCCACUGACUGGCCACCUGUUCCUGCUGCCGGGGGAGCGCUGGCGCCUGCUCAGGAACAAACUCUCCCCUACGUUCACCUCAGGAAACAUGAAGAUGAUGUUUCCGACUAUGGAGAAAUGCGGCCGUGAGUUGUUGGAAGUGCUGGGCAGCGCCGGGGAGGUGGAGUUCCGCGACGUGCUGGCUCGCUACUCCACCGACGUCAUCGCCAGCUGCGCCUUCGGUGUGGAGGCGCACUGCCUGCAGCACCCCGACGGCGAGUUCCGCUACUGGGGGAAGCGCCUGCUCAACCCCACCACCGGCGAAAUGCUCACCAAAACGUUUUGCGACAUGUUCCCCGCCAUCGCCAACAUCUUUCGGAUCCGUUCGGUGCCUGCUGAUGUGGACAAUUACUUCACGAGUUUAGUGAAGAACACGAUGCACGAUCGAGAUACUCACGGGACGUCGAGGGCAGAUUUCAUACAUUUACUCAUGCAACUGCGAGGCAACGAAUCUGCCAACGAAAAAUGCAGCCAGAAGCAAUCUGAUACAAAGGACGUGAAACUGGGCCUGGGACAGCUUGCAGCGCAAUGCGUCGUGUUUUUCGUGGCGGGCUUUGAGACGUCAGCAACAACUAUGGGAUUUGCGCUGCACGAACUGGCCUGGAACCAGGACAUCCAGAGGAAGCUGCAGCAGGAGGUGGACGACACACUGAAGGAGUCUGACGGACAGCUGACAUACGACGGCGUCAUGAGCAUGACGUAUCUUGACAAAGUUAUUUCAGAGACGCUGCGGAAGUACCCUCCGGUGCCGCUGCUGAACCGCGAGGUGACGCAGCCGUACAGCGUGCCGGGCACCGACUGGACGCUGGAGAAGGGCGUCGCCGUCUUCUUCCCAGUGAUGGCGAUGCAGUACGACCCGCAGUACUUCCCACACCCGGAGCGCUUCGAUCCAGAGCGCUUCUCGGAAGAAGAGAAGAGCAAAAGGCCCAGCUGCGUGUAUCUGCCGUUCGGCGAUGGACCACGAGCUUGUAUCGGCAUGCGGUUCGGCAUCAUGCAGACAAAAAUCGGCUUGGUUAGCUUGCUUAGUCAGCUGAACAUCGAGCCUCGAGCCGGCACGGUUAAGGAGCUCACUAUGAAUCCACGUUCGUUCAUCUUGAACCCGGUGUCUGGGAUUCAGCUGCGUUACAGCGCAAGAGCUAAACAGAAUAAAUGACAACAGAAGCAUUCGUAGGAUAUAAUCAUCUACGAAAAUAAACUAUUCGCUGCAGUCUUCUCUU